AUAGCGACGUGAAAAUGGAAUUGCAAAAGAUGAUUCAAAUCAAAACAAAUAAAUUCACUGGAGAUCUUUUUUCGGUUUACGUAAUUUUCAUGUGCUUAAUUGGCUACUACUUUUUAAACUUGUCCUAAUUCUUACGUGACAAAAACUUCAAAAAUGGAUUUCCGGAAGAGUGAUAGUCCAGAUGAAUACUACAAAGCUGUUCAUCAACUUAAACAAUUUUUGUCUGAAAGUGAUAGUUCAGAUCAACAAAUUUAUAGAAGUGGAUUGAAGGCAUCAGAAAUAAGAUGUGAUCUUUCUUCAUCUGAAAAUUCAGAGACAAAAUCACUUUCUGCUCGUAAAGCUCUCUUCAAAAGCCCAGUACCUAAAAAAAGUGGACUUUUCAUUGAAGGAAAUAGUUCAGACUACAUUUUAACUGGAAUGAUUCAGAAACAGAUAAUCUACAUCAAAGCUUUGGAAAAAGAAGUGUCAUUUUAUAGGAAACAAGUACCUGGAAUCAUAAGUGAAACAAAGGUGAUGAUUUCUAAUGAAGAGUCUAAUAGAAUGGGCCAAGCAAAUGUUGUGACACAAAGGCUAUUUUCACUGAUUGACACAAUAUCCAAUGCAAAAUUUUCUGUUAGUCAUGAAAGUUGUGAAAUUCAAAGAAAAAAAGUUUUGCAAGAUUUAGCUGGAGCUCAACAACAGAUCCAAGUGUUGAACCAACAAUGGACAGAACAUACUUGUUGGAAUGGACAAAAUAAAUCAAAAACAUCUGAAGACAUCAGUAGAGAAAAGUCCGAAUUGCUGAGUACGGUAAACAUGUUGCGUUCCACAGUUUCGGGGUUACAGCAGCGGGAAGCCGAUGCGUUAAGACAAGUCCAACAAAGCGUCGAAGUCGCCGAACAAGCUCAGUUAGAACGUGUUCAAAUGGAGAGUGAAGUUCGACGUUUAGUUUCCUUGGUUGAACAGCAUGAGCAACAAAUGACCACCCUUAACGCGGACCAUUCGAGACGGCUGCAAGAAGAAAGAACUCGAUGGGAAUCAAAAUUGGCAGAACAAACGAGCGCUCUGAAGCGGGAGAGGGAUCUGCGGGACGAGGCUUUAACCCGCUUAUCAUUGGACUUGGAGCAGUCCCAACGCAAUGAAGCUGUCCUUAAAAACGAAAUUCAGAUCAAGACUAAUCUACUGGACAGUAGCCGACAAGACUUCCAACGACAGAUUAGUCAAAUGCAGAGUGAACAAGGUCGACUAGCAGGACAGCAGGCAGAGCUGCAACGACGACUGGGCGAAGCAGAACUGAGAGCCGAUCUAAACUGUAAAGCAGCAGAGCAAGAAGCCAACUCAGUGCGGGUUGAGGCUGAAUUUCUGCGACGUAAAAUCGAUCUACUCAGCAAGGAGGCCGAAAACAGAAAGCAAGACUACGACAAAGCAAUCAAAGAGCUAGAGCAACGGAAUCUCGAGUUGCACUUAGCUGCAAGCCAACGCGAAGGUGAGAGAGUUCAAGCGGUCAAAUCCGGCUCUCAAGCUUCUUCGCUGGUCAAAUAUCUCGAACAGCGAGAAGUUUCCCUACUGCAUUCCCUACAAGAAACCAGAAAGCAACAUGAUGAGAAGUGCAGAGAAAUGACGACCAUCAUUGACGAGCAACGUUCCAUUAUUCAGACGCUCAAAGAGGAGUAUGCCGCCUUAAUCGAAGAUUUCCAAAAGUCCCUGGUGACGAACGACAGUUAGCCGAUACAGCCCCUUGCCCGUCGUCCCGGCAACUGUAACAACACUGCUCGAUUCCUUGUGUACAUUCUACUCCGUCCGGAAAAAAAGUGUCCUUCCGUCCAGUAACAUCCGCGUGUGUCACCUAGUAAAGAACCCCAUGACACGCAGAUGAUGAAUACUAUGGCAUGUUUUCAACAAGGAACCAGAUAUGGGGAAAGGCGAAAAUGUUGGUGAUUUAUUGCAAGAAAGUAGACUUAUGAUGCCAUAUAAUAUGCGUUGCUUGUUAGUAUAACCCUUUUUUGUGACUAUAUGGCCAAGUUAGAGGGUAUUUCUUUAUAGGGUAAAUGAUUCAAAAGCCACUAGUUGCGCUAAGUGGCGUCUUUUAGUUAUUGUGAGAACUUUGACAACUGAGACUCGAGUUUAAAAUUUAAAAUUGUUGAAUAUUUUCCGCAUUACACUCGUUUCAAAUACAAACUCCGGAAAUCUCA